UGCUUCCAAAUUUGCAAUUAUUUGAUUAAUUAUGAGUAAUUUUGGAUUGUUAUAUUUGUCAGCACCAGAUUUAAUAAAAUAAUAAAAAAGAUGACGUGGCAAUUAGUGUCUGAAUACCGUUUACCUCUAGUCAACGCUGAAUACUCAUUUACGUUAAACCUUUCACUGGAAGCUCUGUUUUAAGCUCUUUCCUUGUUAUAAUACUCUUUUCUUUUUUUGUUUUUAACAUAAAGUACCAAAAUAUCAUGCGAUUCGCGGCGCCACCGCCGCUUUCCGGCGAUAUCUCACCGGUUCCCUCACCGGCGCCUUCACCAUAUCUUUCACCGCAUUCUGGUGAAGCCGAAGAGAUCCUUUCCCGUUCUACGGAUCCUCCUUUACAGUUCAGUCCUCCGUUGAUCGCUAUGGUGGUUGUUUUAGCCGCCACUUUUCUCUUCGUGACCUACUCUCGCCUCAUCUCCCGCCGUUUUAUUUCUCCCAUUCUCCGUCGUUUUCGACGGUGGAGAUCCCGUCGUCGCCGACUCCUUCAUCUAUCCUCUGCUUCAACUUCAUCCUCUGAUCGCCGAUCGUUUUCCCCGUUCCCUUUCGACUCUUUCCACUACUCCUCCUACUCUCCUUACGGAUUAGAUGAUUCCGUUAUCAAAACGCUUCCUCUGUUUCUCUACUCCGCCGCCGCUUGCACCGGGAAAGCCUCCGCCGCCGACUGCGCUGUUUGUUUGUUGGAGUUCGAGGAUGGAGAUUACGUGCGUACGCUUCCGUUAUGCUUCCAUGCUUUUCACGUUGAGUGCAUCGAUGAGUGGCUACGAUCUCAUCCUAACUGUCCGCUCUGCCGCACGGCGAUUCUCCGAUCCGGCGUCGUUGCGCCUACGUCGCCGUUCGUCCCGUUAAUGGCUCCUCGGAUUCGUCCAAGCUUCGACGACGAGAUCGCUGCUGCUGCGACGAUCGAUGAGGAGAUCACAGCGUCAGUGGAAGAGCAAUCACCGGCGCUCUCUCGGUUUCGGGAGCUGAAGCGAUCUUACUCGUUCGAUUACGAGAGGGAAGAAUCGGCGGCGACGGCGUCACCGUGGAGACACCGUCGAUCCACGUGGAGCAAGCAGCAGCGUCAGUCUCCCUUCGGGAACCUGAUAUCGAAAUCGAGAGUGUUCUCGUUGCGUUACCACAGAAGCGCGAAAUCGCGGCGGAGAUCGGGAGUUUUUUUCCCGAUAUCGGAGCGGAUUCCGGCGACGGGAAGCUCGUCGCGGCGGACGAAGUCAAUGACGAGUCCGAUGUUCUUCAGGACAGCACCGCACUCGUCGAGCCGGCUGAGAUGCGGUGAUCCGGAGGCACUGUUGUCGCCGGAGAGAUGGAGGAGAGGGGACACGUGUAGGGUGGAUAUGUAAGAUGAAAUUGGACGGUGGUGAUGAUAGAGGAUAGUGGGAAGGAGAGGAGCAUUAAUGGAGUGUGGGGUUUGGCAUUAAAUGGAAUUAAAAUGGGGAGAAACAGAGAAGAGAGAUUCAGAAAAUCCUCAGCUUCUUUGCUUCACAACAACAAUAACAAGAGGCAUACUUAAAGCUUAGAAGAUCCGAACUGAAUCCUAAAAUACUGAAUGAGUUCUAUAUCUCUAAAUUAGAACUUCUAGCCGAAUGUGUUCUCGAACAUCCACAUUUGCGGAGAGCUAUAUAGAUCGGGGAUCGUGAAGGUAUUGAAGCAUAUGACGACGACGUUUCUACUGUUUUGUUAGUAUAUAUACUAGUACUGUAUUUCUCUUGGAGUUGUCAAAUGCAUUAACUUCUUAACCUGCCAAAGUUAUUAUAGAAACGAAGUCAGCAAACAACAUUAACUUUCGUUUCUAUAAUAACUUUAAUCUUUAAAAUUGUCGGUCGCCUAAUUGCUUUUAUAUCACGGAGUUUUAUGUUUGCUAAGCUUUUUGUU